CAAUAAUUAACUUCAAAAUGUUUUUAAUGCCAGUAGGAAUAAGUGUGCAUGUGUGUUUGAGUCAACAAUAUUUAGUUUAUCUUACAGUGUCUCGAAAUUUUGAUAAAAAAAAAGCUAAGUGAUAGAAAAACAGCUCCAGGAUGGAAGGAAAACCUGAAAAUAAUCCUGAAAACGACGGCGAUGGAAAUGAAGUUAAAAAAUCAACAGCAUUAGACGCAAAGUUUCAAUUCACAGAAGAACAAAAUGGCCUGGAUGAGGAACACAUAGAACCAUCUUCAUUCCUCGGAUUGUACAGAUUCGCAACUGGUCCAGAAAGAUGGUUCCUCUACUUCGGCAUUUUCUCGGCACUGGUUGCGGGAGGCAUCCAGCCUCUUAACAAUGUCCUCUUUGGAGGCCUCACCGAUACAGUGGUAAAUUACGCGAGAAAUUGUCUGGACCCGACUUCAACGACCUGUUCGGAAGCAGGAGAAGCUCUUCUGGACGGAAUCAAGUAUUUUGCCAUGUGGAACUCGAUAUUGGGAGUUGGUAUUUUGAUUACUUCGUAUACUACGGCUGAAAUUUUCAAUUAUAUCGCCAUCAAGCAAGUCUUCAGGUUGAGAUCCAACUAUUUGGAAAAGUUGCUGAACAAAGAUAUACCGUGGAUCGAUAUGCAUAAUUCUGGAGAUUUCGCUAGUAGAAUGGCCGAUGAUUUGUAUAAAUUUGAAGAUGGUAUUGGCGAAAAAGUGGUACUAUUUAUAAGUUUGCAAGGUACUUUUGUAGCAGCUUUAACUUUGGCUUUGGUUAAAGGCUGGGAACUAGCACUUAUUUGUCUGGUGUCUCUUCCGGUUUCACUUUUAGCUGUCGGAUUGAUUUCGUUUCUGACAACGAAAUUCUCUCAAAAAGAACUAGACGCCUACGCUCAAGCAGGCUCCAUAGCCGAAGAAGUUUUAACAUCGAUAAGGACAGUGGUGGCUUUUGGUGGUCAAAAACUGGAAACUACCAGAUACAACGAAAGCUUAAUUUUUGCUAAAAACAACAACACGAGAAGAUCAAUGUUUGAAGGCAUCGGAUACGGUGCAUUAUGGUUUUGUAUUUAUGGUAGCUAUGGCCUCGCCUUUUGGUAUGGUAUUAAAUUGAUGCUAGAUGGUAAUCCUACUUAUACACCUGGAAACAUGAUGACGGUUUUCUUCAGUGUUAUGUCGGGCAGUAUGAGUUUUGGUAUGGCUUCUCCAUUUAUCGAAGCUUUCGCUACAGCCAAAGCAGCUGGAGGCAAGAUUUUCCAUAUAAUCGACACUUUGCCAACCAUAAAUUUAUCGAAAAAUAACGGGCAAAAGCUGACGAACAUCAAAGGCAAUAUUGAGUUUAGGGAUGUUAAUUUCCAUUACCCUGCCAGAGCAGAAGUACCAAUUCUUCAAGGCCUCAAUUUGGAAAUCAAGGCAGGAGAAACUGUGGCCUUGGUGGGCAGCUCUGGAUGUGGCAAAUCGACGGUGCUUCAACUAAUACAAAGAUUUUACGAUCCGUUAUAUGGAAAGGUCCUCAUCGAUGGAAACGACAUUAAGGAUUUAGAUUUGACGUGGUACCGUCAAUUUAUUGGAGUUGUCAGCCAAGAGCCUGUGCUUUUUGGUACCACGAUUGCUGAGAAUAUCAGGUACGGUAACAAGGAAGCGUCGGACGUCGAAAUAACUCUAGCAGCAAAAAUGGCAAACGCCCACCGAUUCAUUAAAGCUUUGCCAAAUGGAUACGAAACUCUGGUAGGCGAAAGAGGAGCUCAGCUUUCAGGUGGCCAAAAACAGCGCAUAGCUAUAGCUAGAGCCUUGGUCAGAAAUCCAGCUGUUUUGUUACUGGACGAGGCCACUUCAGCCUUGGACACCAACAGCGAGGCUAAAGUGCAAGCCGCUCUAGACAAGGCCAGCCGAAAUCGUACAACUAUUAUUGUAGCUCACAGAUUAUCGACAAUUCGAGGGGCCAAUAAGAUUGUUGUUAUUUCGAAUGGUAAAGUUGUAGAGCAAGGUACUCACGAAGAACUUAUGAAAUUAGAAAAUGCCUAUUAUACUUUAGUUACAACUCAAGUACAAGGAAGUGAAAAGUUUGAAGAAACUAAAGACAAAUCUAGAGAGUUGUUGUAUAUGGAAUCAAAAGAUGAUGAUGAUGAUGAUGAUGAGGAUAUUGCUCCAGUGAAGAUCUUCGACCAUGAAACUGAACUCGACAAUUACAUCAAAAAAGCCUCGUUGUGGUCAAUAGUCAAAUUAAACUCGCCAGAGUGGUACUUACUUUUGCUUGGCAGUAUAGGGGCUUUCGUUAUGGGUAUUUCUAUGCCCGUUUUUGCAGUACUGUUUGGUAGUAUUUUGCAGGUUCUUGAAAGUCCUGAUCACGAUUAUGUAAGAAGCGAAACUAACAAAUAUUGUUCGUAUUUCGCUAUAGCAGGUCUUGGUGCAAUGGUUGCAACCUUUUUACAGAUGUACAUGUUUGGCAAGGCAGGCCACAAGUUAACGUUGCGAAUAAGAAGUAAAAUGUUCGAUUCUUUGCUCAGACAAGAAAUGGCUUAUUUCGAUAGAACUGAAAACGGAGUCGGAGCGCUUUGUGCUCAGCUAUCAAACGAAGCUGCUCAAGUUCAAGGAGCUACAGGUCAACGUAUUGGAGCUUUAACUAGUUCCAUGUCUACGUUACUGUUUUCAGUAUUCAUUGCAGCUUAUUACGAAUGGAGACUGGGCCUUGUCGCAAUGUCCUUUUUUCCUCUAAUUAUUACAGCCGGAUUUUUGCAAAGAAGAAACAUGGCUGGCGAAAAUGAUGAAUACAAAAAAUCUUUGCAAACAUCUACAAAAAUUGCUGUGGAAGCUGUCAGUAACUUUAGGACCGUGGUGUCGCUGGGUUGCGAAGAAACCUUUUACGAUCUUUACAUAAGAGAAUUGCAGCCUCACAUUAAAACUAGCUUGAAGAAUACGCACGGAAGGGCUUUUAUUUUAGGGUUUUCCAGGGCCAUUAUGUUGUUUGCUUACUCUACUUGUUUGUAUUAUGGUGGUUUUCUUAUUAGGGAUAAAGGAGUGCCUUAUGGAGAUGUAUUCAAAGUGGCUCAAGCUCUUAUUAUGGGCACAAUGUCAAUUGCAAGUUCGCUGGCCUUCACUCCGAAUCUGGAAAAGGGCCUGCAAUCGGCCAAAACCGUAAUGAAGCUAGUCAAUCGCAUUCCCAAAGUCAGAAACCAUGAAAAUGUUUCAGAGGAGAAGCACGAGGUCAAAGGUAAUCUUCAAUACUCACAAGUGCACUUUUCCUAUCCGAUGAGAGAAAAUAUUCCGGUGCUCAAGGGCCUGGAUUUGUCAGUUUUGCAAGGGAAAACUGUGGCUUUAGUAGGCCCUAGUGGUUGUGGCAAAUCAACAAUAGUGCAACUUCUGGAACGCUUCUACGAUCCCACAUCUGGCUCAGUUUCAUUGGACAACGACGACAUUAAAAAAAUACCACUGGAUUUUGCCAGGUCUCAUUUUGGUAUAGUGUCACAAGAACCUAAUCUCUUCAGCAGAACCAUUGCAGAAAAUAUAGCUUACGGUGACAAUUCCAGAGAAGUAACCGAAGCUGAAGUAAUCGAGGCAGCUAAAAAAGCAAACAUACACAACUUCAUAACGAAACUGCCACUAGGCUACAAAACAAAGCUUGGCGAAAAAGGUACUCAGCUAUCAGGAGGCCAAAAGCAGCGCAUAGCUAUUGCCAGAGCUCUAGUGCGUAAUCCCAAGGUGCUGCUUCUAGACGAAGCCACGUCAGCUCUGGACGCGGAAAGCGAAAAGGUGGUCCAAGAGGCUCUGGAUAAUGCCAAACAAGGCAGGACUUGUUUGACUAUAGCUCAUCGGUUGACUACAAUUCAAGAUGCUGACGUUAUUUGCGUUGUUAAUGACGGCGUGAUAGCUGAGCAAGGCACUCACAGUGAGCUGAUUGAAAAGAGGGGGUUGUAUUUUAGGUUGCACACUUUGCAGCAUUCGUGAUUUAGGAUUUAGGGUUUAUUUUUUGUAAAAAUAAAACUUUAUUUAGACUAUU